UAACUCCCUGCGCAGGUGAGAAGGGUCGGCCAAGAUGGCGGCCGCCACCGCUGCUGGGGCUGCGGUGGGCAGCGGCUGGGGCUGCUGAAGGCGCCGCCAGUCGAGAGACAACACCGAGAAGCGGCGACAGGCGGAAACCGGCCGCCACGAUGCCCAAGUACUACGAGGAGAAAGAGAAGGAUUUCCGUGCGUGCGCAGGGGUGCGCGAGGACCUGAGGACUUGCCUGCUGGAGAGCGACUGUGUCAUCCAGGAAGGGAAAGGGCCCAAACUGUGCUUGAAGGAAGGCCAUUGCAAAGGAUUACUAGUUUCAUUUUUUGAAUGCAAAAGAUCAUUGCUGGAUAACAGAGCAAGAUUCAGAGGAAGAAAGGGAUACUGAAGACUCUCCAUUACGAAGCAGCAAGCAGGGGAAAUCUUGGAUGCACUGACACCUUGAGAUUAAAGACUGGAAUAAAGAAAUUACCUACUGCAUUUCCCUAAACUCUGUUUCACUUCUAUGGAAAUUAUUUGUGUUCUAAGUACUGAAUGCCUGAAGCUGCUAAAUGCUAGAACUACUACAGUGAAAAUAAAAUCUGGCCAUUUGUGGUGAUCACAUUUUAAAUGAAAUGUAUUGCAUCUUCAUAAGCACUUUAGAGUCCUUCACCUGAAAUGCUUCAUUUUGCGAUUACUUCCUCUUGGGGUUCAAUGGUUGGAUAAGUUUUGUCUCCCAAGUUAUAAAGUAUUUUUGUACUAGCCUUUCCUUUUGGUAUUCUGCAGUGAUACAGAAGUUGUCAGCCAGCUUGUUCACAUAAGGGAUAGGUAUUCUGAUCUAGGAAGGGAUAUCUAGGUGUGGAACCAGUGUGAUAACCAUGCUGCAAUGCUGCCUCUGAAAACAGUUUGGAAACUUCAACUGGUGCAGAAUUCAGCAGCCAGGUUGCUCACUGGGGCAAGACAGUUUGAGCAUAUAAUACGAAUCCUGGCACAACAAAUUUAUUUCCAGGCCCUUCCAAAGUGCUGGUUUUAACCUAUAAAACCUUAAACAACUCAGGACUCCCAGUAUCUCAAGGGCUGCCUCUCCCUAAAUGAACCUACCAGACCCUGCAAUCCUCAUCUGAGGCCCUGCAUGUCUUGCUUCCAUGAGAGGUCUAAAGGGUAGCAACACGAGAACAGGCCUUUUCUGCAGUGCCUCCCCAUUUGUUGAAUGCUUUCCCCAGGGUGGCAAAAAUAUUCCUCUUCACCAAGGCCUUUGACUGUUUAAACAGUCUAUGGCCUUUUAAAUGUGUUGGGGGUGGUUAUUGGGGUUUUAAUUUUUGUUACUAUGUUUUGUGUUUUUAUACUGUAAAUGGCCCUGUGAUCUGUGGAUGAAGGGUGGUGUAUAAAUUUAAUAAAUAAUGAUUAUGCUCAACCAA